AUGCACAACGUCCUCGUCAUCCUCAUCACAACAACCGCCGCUUUCACGCCGUCGAAGCCAUCGCAAUACGCCUGGACGAGCACGACCUACGGCGUCUGGUUCGAUCCGCUCGUCGAGUUCGGCUACGACGUGCCGCGACAAAACGAGAAGCCCUUACUCCUCUACCUGCCGCCGCUCGAAGGCAACUGCCUCGCAGCCUUCGCGCAGUUCCCGAAGCUCGGCGCGGACUACGACGUCCUCGCCCUGUCGCCGCGCGCCGGCGACACCGGCGCCGCGAGCGAUUGGCGCGGGUCCGUCGACGCGGUCGCGGCCUUCGUGCGACACGAGUCGAAGACCCGCGACGUCUACGUCUGCGGCGAGUCCUACGGCGGCUGCCAGGCGCUCGCGGUCGGCAUCGCCGCGAAGCCGAAGGGCGUCGUCGCCGUGAACCCCGCGACGUCGUUCGGCCGGAGCGACCUGACGGAGCUCGCCGAGCGGAUGAAGACCAUGUCGAACCUCGAGUUCGCGAUCACGUCCAUCACGCUCCUCGCGACGCGUGUCGGCGAUCCGACGCAGACUAGAACCAUUCUUUCCACUCUAUGGGACAACCCGAUGAAGGACCCGAAGCGCUGCCCGCCCGCGCUCGCGGCCUACUUUGAACGCGUCCUGCCGCCCUUCGUGGAAGGCUUCAACGCGCCGAGACCCUUCUUCGAGGCGCGGCUCGCCGCGCUCGGCAUCGGCGCCGCGGAGCUCGAGAACACGCUCGCGUCGCUCGACGCGCCGCUCCUCGUCGUCGCCGGCGACGUCGACCGCCUCGUGGGCUCCGCCGAAGAGGCGCCGCGGAUCGCUUCUGUCGUCAGGGACACGACGAUCCACGUCGUCCACGGCGCGGGCCACAGCGGCACGCUGGACCAGCGGUGCGACCUCCGGGAGGUCAUGGCCGACUGGCGCGGGGGCUUAGAGCUGUGUGUGUGA